UCGAUGUAUAAAAGAAAUACAGUAAUUUGACAACAUAACCUAACCAAUUAUUUUAUUUUGCAUUCCAGGCUUAUUUAUUAUUUUUUAUAAACUGUGUUUUUAUUGAGAUGAUCUUUUAUGCCACAACACUACACUAAGAAAAACAUAAUUAGUGGAUAAUUUUUUUUUGAAAUUAUAAAUAAUGUUGCCAAAUCUGCAAAGUAAUUUUACGUAACGCAAAAUUAUGGUAGUUAAAGUGAAACUGUUACUUUUCGCCCAAGCCAAGGAUUCAGCAAGAAAAUCGACCGACGUUUUGCUCGUACCCCAAUCAAUUACUUAUUGCGACUUAUUAAAAAUCGUAAUAAAGCAAUUUGCAUUGGAAAAAAUCGAAAACAACAUAUUGCUGGCUGUUAACGAACAAAUUUGCCACACAGAAGAUUUUCUCAGCUUGAAAGACGACGACGAAGUAGCUGUUAUACAACCAUUAAGUGGAGGCUAAACCAGAAACAUGUCUAACCAUUUAGCUUUUAAAACCGAGCCCCUAAAUAUCCAAGAAAUAUCGGAUCUAGUCGCAGCAGCCUCCUGUGGAGCCAUUUCGCUUUUUAUAGAAACAACAAGGGAUAAUUUUGAUGGGAAAUCAGUUGCUAAUCUUCAAUACAAAGCUUAUGAAUCCAUGGGCCUCAAAGCGAUGGAGAAAAUCUGUUUAGAUAUCAGAAAACAGUGGAGUGGAGUUGAGAAUAUUGCUAUUUUUCAUAGAUUAGGCCAAGUUGCUGUUAAAGAAGCCAGUGUGGUAAUUGCCAUUUCCUCGCCCCACAGAGAUGAUGCCUUGAAAGCCACAGAUUUUUGUAUAAACAGUUUGAAACAAUCCGUUCCAAUAUGGAAAAAAGAAGUUUAUUCUGACGAGGAUUCAAUUUGGAAAGAAAACAAAGAAUCUCCCCUAGACCAUUAUCCACCGAAACGAAAGAAAAUAAAUUUUGAUAUUUUUGAACAAGAAGUGUCCACAAACUACAUACCGUCCCAUCUGAUACAAAUUAAGGCUUCAAACGAUGCAUUGGAUGCCCGAAUAGAAAAGUUUAUGGACAGAAAGAGAGAUGAAAUAAAUAUGUCUAAUAAUACAGAAUUUUUUACAAAACAUAGAGACCUAGAGUCUGUUUGUGCCAGAAUUGAUGCUACUGUGUGUAAAAGGAAGGGUGCAAAAAGUCAUUUGCAAGUUGAAAGGGCUUUAAAUAGUUAUCACAGAGACCAAAAAAAUUCAGAUUACAUGAAAAAAUACAUUCCGCCUAAUGGUAUAGUGGAGAGAUUGCAAAUUUUAGAAUCCCAAUUGAGUUUAGAGAAAGCUAUACCAAAAAAUAUUUAUCAGCGAUUGAAAAAUCUGGAAGACCAUUUGAUGCUCUUGGAAAGUAUUUCACCUGAAUAUUUACAGUUUUGGGAUAAAACUUCAAUGGCAAGCAAAUAUGUAAAGAAAAAAGUAUUUGAAAUAGCGGACAUUGACAUACUUAUUGCUGAUGCUGAGAAAAAAUGUUUCAAGCAAUAAAUGUGAGAGCGAAAUAUAAUUAUAGUUUGUUUUUGUGUAUUUUCCUCGAUAUUUUCAAAAUAUUAUAAAAAGAAACUGGGAAAUAUAGAAU